AUUAUUACAUGUUCGGUUGGAUAUUCCAAGCAUUCACAUUUUUCAUUGAUUUCAACUCUUCUGUUCCCUUUUCCUCCUUCCGUUUUACAUGUUCGGUUGGAUAUUCCAAGCGUUCGCAUUUCUCCAUUGCGGUCACAAAUUCUUCAAACCCAUUUGUUUUCUCGAUUACCCAUCUGCAUCCGCGCCUCAAGUUUUCGACUUUCCUUGUGAUUUGUGGAUUUUGGCAUUGAUUAGCUUCUGGGUUCCUGUGUUUCCCCAAAUGCCCAUCUGAUUUGGAGGGGUUUUUGGCUGUUAACUUUUGUGACUUCAUGCUCAUGAUGCUCACGGCCGUAGCCAAAGGAAAAUGAUACUGAUAAAGACGAAAAUGAAGUGGGGAAGCUAGUACGAGAAAGUAAAGAAGGGAAAUAAGAACUAGUAAUCUAGCACAUUGCAAUGGAAAUGUCUACAAAGACAGUUAUGGCGAUCAAAUCUUACCAAAAUCAGGCCGGAGUUCUUGUUAAAAACUACUUGCUAGCAGAUCCCUUCAUACCAUACACUUCCAUUAUUGGAGGCAUAAUUUUGUGCAAAAUGGUAUAUGAUCUUACCCAAUUAAUUAGUACCUUUUACAUUAAGGCUUAUGGUGGUCUUACAAAAAUCCAACGAAUUGAGUGGAACAGUCGUGGUAUCUCCAGUAUUCAUGCCAUUUUUAUCACAGCUCUGUCCUUGUACUUUGUGUUCGGGUCCGAUCUCUUUUCUGACCAACAGCACCUUGGCCUUAUUACAUUUCGAAGCUCACCACUGUCUGUUUUUGGGUUAGGGGUCUCUGUUGGGUACUUCUGUGCGGAUCUGGGAAUGCUGUUAUGGCUAUAUCCUUCUUUAGGUGGAAUCGAGUAUGUUUUCCAUCACUCACUAUCUGGAAUUGCAGUAGCAUACUCCAUGUUUUCUGGGGAAGGGCAACUUUAUACAUACAUGAUCCUCAUCUCUGAGAUCACUACGCCAGAGAUCAAUAUGAGAUGGUAUCUUGAUACAGCUGGUCUGAAGAGGUCCAGCGCAUAUCUCCUAAACGGCAUUGUGAUAUUUUUAUUAUGGCUGGCGGCAAGAAUUCUGCUGUUCGGUUACAUGUUUUACCAUGUUUACUUGCACUAUGAUAUGAUCAUCCAGAUGCACAUCUUCGGAUAUCUUUUGGUCUUUGUCGUGCCAACAGUGCUAGCAGUAAUGAAUUUGAUGUGGUUUGGAAAGAUUAUCAAGGGAUUGAUGAAGCAAUUGGCCAAGAUGCAAUGAUGGAUAUCCAUAUAUAUACAUAUAUAUAUGUAUGUAUAUGUGUAUAUAUAUAUAUGUAUAUGUAUAUGUAUAUAUGUGUGUUUGAAAUGAGUCGAAAGGCUUGCGCUUUAAGAUGGAUCUGAUCUUGUGCAUUCUUCUAUAUUGUUGCUGUAUAAAUGAUAGAGGCCCAGAGGAGGGUUAAAAAGCAAUCAAAACCGGAGGCAUUUUGGAGGCCAAAAUUGUUGUAGAUGAUUCCAAGUUUGUUGUUAAGUUACGAGGGGAAUCGAUUAUGUCACGAUAGUUAAAUGGUUCAAAGUUGCAUGCGUUGUUUCAGCAA